UUUCAAACAAACCUCGACUACGAUGAUCCAACAGAAAUCGUUUUUUCCACAUCGCAAACGUCAGCAAAAUUAUUUAAAAGCCUUACGGUGGAACCAGAAAGUAAUGUACGAGUCUACAUACGCUUCAGGCCUCAGCCUUCACGCGAAUUUCAAGAACUCUAUCAUCAAAGAAAUCCUGAUUUAUUUGAAGAGAAAACUGUUGAAAUUUAUGUGAAUUGCAGACUUGUAAAGGAUUAUCAGAAAACUGUUAUACUCAAGGCAGAAUGUCGAAUGCCUUCAUUAGUGGUGGAGUACGAGGAGUUCGAUUCAUUUAAAGGAAAAAUUUCACGUCGAGAUAUAAAUUCCAAAGAGGACGACGAAUGGAUAAUACAAUUUAAUCAAGAUUUUCGAGAAAUUAAGAUCAAAAAUCUGCUUCAAAUUCCUUUAGAAUAUGAAAUAGUGAACGACACAAUGUAUUUUGUUUUGGAAUUUCCUACGGAAAAUAAAAUAAUUACCUCGGAAUCGUUUCAUGAUGUCAUAGUACGGCCAAAUAUUAAAUCUCUCAUUAAGAACGUGGAAAGUGUGCGAAGAGAGAAAUACAUACAAGAGAAUAUAACGGUUUAUAAUAGAAACAGACCGUUGGAAAACUAUUGGAUAGCUUUAAGAAUUAGUUUUGGAUACGUUUCCAAUUUCCAGCUGGCAUCUGGAUACAAAGUAUCUUAUGCCUUUAGUAUGCUCGAAAAUCAUACUGUUCGAUUUUUAAGCGAUUUCAACCAAAACCUUCAUCUCUUUGUGCCAUCCGAAACUCCGAACGAUGAGCAAACCAAUAAGAAAAUGGUAGACCUCAGGUUUCAAUACUAUUUCAUAGUAGAUCAGCUGGUUUACUAUGCAACCAUAAAAACGAGCGAAAACUGGUUUCAGCUGGCUAGUUUGCUUUUCGGAACUGUACUCGGUCGUCAGACUUUUCAAAAAUUUGGACCUGCGUAUCUUAAAAAACCUGAUAAUACAGAGCAGGAUGUCAAAGUCUGGCCUGAAAUUUUGGUAAAAUGGGUCUCUCCAUUAAAUUAUUUCAUUUCAUUUUUUCCCUAUCAGAACCCGAUGCUUGAAACAUUAAAAGAGCUUCAUAAAAAUCUAAUAACAAUUCUAUAG